CUUGGGACCACAACAGUGUUCAGUUGAAUAAGGACACGUAAUGUCAUUAUACAUAUGUGAAGUGUUUCACAGCGGCUUCAUUUGUUGAUAUUUUGAUCACAUUUUAAAAUUACCGAGGACGGCAAAAAAAAACUAAAAGUAAAUGUUUUUUACUAUCCGUUAGAUUUAACAAGUGCGGAAAAAGGACGAGAAGCCUAUUGUUUAAAUGAGAACGGCAUUUAGAACGUAAUUUUGCGUGCCAGAAUAAUUGCUUCUCAGUAUUUGCAGGACAUACUCGUAUGUUUUAUUCACAGAGAGUAGUAACAAAACCAGUAGCCAGCCUUAAAUAUUGAAGUUUUAUGUAUUCCAUUAACCCAAAUUGCAGACCAGAAGCUAAUGUUUCAAGUACGUUUUCUAAUAGAUUGUAAAAGGGCAAAAAAGUCAUGGGCAUUCUUGAUAUUCAGAGUACUCCAUGUGCUCGAAACUCUAUUCUGCAUGGCGCUGGGGGGUCAAUAGUGGCUGGACUGGUGCACUUUUUAGCAACAAGCCGUGUAAAGAGGUCAUUUGAUGCUGGUGUUACAGGAUUCAUGCUUACAACAUUGGGAUCAUGGUUCUACUGCAGAUAUAAUAAUGCCAAGCUACGGGUUCAGCAGAGAGUCAUUCAGGAAGGCAUAAAGAAUAAAGUAAUAUAUGAAGGGACAAAUUUAGACCCCACACGGAAAACAAAAGGAGAUGCAUAAAAUUGUAUUGAGACCAUAUUGAAUGUGGAUUAAUUUAUUUCCUAAUUUUACGUUUUUUGAAUAAAACAAUUAUUUCAUGA